AUGAUAAUCACACCAACGCCUUAAAAAAAGAAAUAAAAAAAAAAUCAAAAUUAUUUUAUUUCAUCUGAAAAAAAGAAGAAACCUAAAACUAAAAAUUUAGAUUUGUAAAUCGUAUAAAAUAAUUUAGAUAUAAUUAAAACCGACAAAUCAUAUCUCUAACAUAUCUUAUAAUCUAAAUAAUACCGUCCUUCCGAAUUAUUAUUAAAAUAAUUUGAAUAAGAUAUAAAUACAUCCUUAUUAGGUAGUAAUGUCUAAGAUAAGCGUGCUGUUGGUAGUUUUAUAGGUAUUACAGUUAUAGGAGUUUUAGGUUUUCUAGCUUCCGGAUUAAACCCAAUAGGAUUAAUAGCAGGUGCUAUAGCUGGUGGAUUUAUCGGACAGUAUGCAGGUCGAAAAAUUAAGAAGAAAUUAAUCACAAACAAGAAAUUAUUACAAAAUGAUUUAUUUUAAUUAAAAUUAAAAUGCUUAAUACAAUUUGGAUAUGAAAGUAUGAAAAUAUAUAAAAAUGACUUAAAUACAUACCGUUUUUUUGUUGAAAAAAUAAUCCAAGAGUUAAAGAUUAUUAUUUUUUAAAAAUAUUUUAGAGUAUAAUUCCAAAAAGGGCUUAUUAAAGUCCAAAAAAAAGCUAUUUUAUUAUUCGAAAAAGAAUAUUGUUUGAAAACACUGAGGUUAUCAUAUAAACUAACUAAAAUUAUCAUCUUUUCCAAAGAAAAAUUCACUUAAUAGGAUGAAAUGGAACUUUUAGAUAUUUAUUUAAACGUUCUAUCACCUCUUUUAUUGAUUCUUAAUGAAAAUUAUUCAAUAUUAAGUCAUUAAAUGUAAAUUUUUCGAUUCAAAAUGGAAAAAUUACUCAAAAAUUACAAAAUAUUGUAAAUUUUGGACAAAUAAGAGCUUUUUAUAAACCUAGAAAAACAAAUUUAAAUCUAAUAAAUAUAAGAAUUAGAUAAAUAACUUGAUAAACAAAUCGAUAUAAAAGCCUUUGAAAGGCUUUUUAACACUGAAUAAUUUAAAAACUUAAUGGAAAACGAACAAAAUAAAGAUAAUUAGCAAAAAGAUAGCAACGAAAAUGAUUCCAAAAACGAAAAAUAAGGCCGAUUAAUUGAUUUAUAUAUAAAUAUAAUAGAACAAGAAGAACAAAAAAUUAAAAUAGAAGAAGAAAACAACAAUAACAUAGAUGAAAAAAUAAGCUAAAAUUCAAGGCAAAACGCCGUCUAUUUUAGUAAAAAGAAAAUUUUCUAACCUAAAGACACCAUUAUUGAGAAAAGAAAUACUCAGCAACAAGCUGUUUUUUCCGACCAAGUUCCCAAAAAAAACAUUGAUAAUGAUAGUGUUAAAUCCCCUAUAUCCUCUAAAUUUCAAAAAAAACCCGAAAAAUAAACCGUUAAAGACGACUUAGAAAACAAAGAAGACAUCCAAAUUGAAAUUAAAAAAAGCAUUUCCAAGCGAAAAAUAGAAGACAGCAAAAUCUCCGAAGACAAUGGAACUAACAUUUUCCUAAAACUUGUCACUUUAGUAUAACAAAAUCCCGAAGACAGCAAACAUUAAUGGGAAAAAGUAAUGAAAAAAGGCGAAACAGUAGGCAUAUAUACAAAAAUGACUCCAGGAAAUGCCUGUGUACUAGUCCGAUGUGAAGCUUAUGUUGAAAAUUGUACUUCUGAAGAAGUUUUCAUUUAAAUCUAUAAUGCUAAAAUAAGAUCAUAAUGGGAUAAAGUAACCCAAGGUUUCCAAGUCUUAGAUACUAUAUCAGAAGGUGUUGAUGUAAUUUAUUUUUUCGUCGACCCAGGUUUAGGAGUUACUAAAAGAGAUUUUGUCUAAUAGAGGAUUCUCAAAAGAGAUUAUCCCGAAAAAGGAUAGAUUACGAUCGCCUUUUUUAGUAUAUAGCAUUCAUCUUAGCCUGAAAAAAAAGGAUUUAUUAGAGCACAUUCUUAUAUAGCAGGAUAUGUAAUUAGACCAGUAGGAUAACAUACUUAGCUUACUAUUAUGACUUAAAGUGAUGUCAAAGGGGUUGUACCAAAAUAUGUCGUUAAUUAUAUGGCGGCUAGAUAACCACCGAAAUGGGUUGAAUCUAUGUAAAAAGGAUGUUAGGAUUAUAGGAAAUAAUAUUAGAAAAAAUGA